AUGACACCCGAAGAAAAAGCAGAACAAGAAAGACGAAGAAGAGAAGCAAGAAAGAAUAGAAUACAAAGUCAUGCUGGUGGUAGACUUGGUUUCAUUGCUGAGCAAGUGAAGGAUCCUACCGAUACACCACCAAAGAAGAUCGAAGACGAUGACGAUGACUCGUUAGAUAAUAAUGAAAUACCAACACCAUCCGAUAAUAAUAAGAAAAAUAAUACACCCUCUAAUAAUAAUAAUAAUAACAAUAAUAAUAGUAAUAAUAAUAAUAUAUUUGAAAGAAGAAGACAUCUUCCACAACAUUCAAGAUCAACAAUUAGAUUGUUUGGUAUAGUUAUGUUUUCUCUUUUGUUUGCUUCCAAUACGAUAAUAAUGAGUGCAAAGGAAUCAGAGAUUAAAGAUCGUCAUCCUAUCUACAAGUAUUUGGUACAGUUGAAAUCGAUGGUCGAUCAGCAGGGUAACGAUAGCUUGACUGCUCUCUUUGAGUAUAAGGAACUACUGAUUUGUACACUACCUUUGAUGUUGCUUUGGGUUGCCUGGGAAUAUGUAAUGGGUUACAGCAAAUCGAUGGGAAGAUUCUUCCCAGUGUUGAAAUCAGACUCGACCAUCGUUGCAUUCCUCUAUACAGUGACAAUCGACUUGACAUUGCGUUUCGGUCAUCAACUUCAAAUAGUACCACCAAGCAUCGAAUCGACAUCUCUCAUCAGUGGACUCUACAUUCCUCUAGCAGUAGCAUUACUAAGUCAAUACGUUAUUAAAUCGAUUCCAGAUCAUUUCCCAAUUGUAAACAUGAAUGAUACAAUUAGAAGAGGAUAUGAAAGCAUAGCAAAUAUAAUUGUAAUGGUAGCAACACUAUUGGUUUGUAUCGAUUGGUGGGCAUGCACCUCCUCACUUUGUCAAGAUGGAUUACUCUCAUUGAUCGCAAAUCGCUCAAGAGGUUUACUCUUUUGGUCGUAUCUAUGUAAUUGUUUCAUCUCAAGAGUUAUUGGAUAA